AUGGGAAUCUUUGACCGCAACACAAACACAACGCAUCACAAUCACAGAGACGAGCUUGCCCGACGGUCCUCCAAUUUCGGCGGCUCAUCUCAGCAAGCCGGCAUGACGCCCUUGCGCUCGAGAGACGAAGAAGAUGGCCAGCUGCCUCGUCACAGCACCAUGCAGGCCUCCCACUCGGGAGCUCGUAUGGUCCCUAUCUCUGAGAGUCGAAGCAAAAGCAAGAUCAGACAACGCUUCGACAAGAUGACCGACUUUGACUUGCUGGCCAUGUUCGAGCCCAAGCGCAAGCCCGGCCGACCGAGGACAGUCCUCUUCGGCCAUCCGCUCCCGGUUCAGGCAUGGGCCCCCUCCAAAGCAGGUCAGAAGCAGAUCAAGAAGCAAGGCAUGGAUCCUCAGUCCGAUCAGCUCGAUCGCGCGGUAGGCAAAGUCCCUGCACCUGAGUGGGAGUUCAGCAGCAACCAGGUUCUGACAAGCAAAUACAACGUCCUCACAUUCAUCCCCAAGAAUCUGCUCGAACAGUUCAGAAGAGUCGCCAACAUCUUCUUCUUGAUCCUCGUCAUCUUGCAAUUCUUCCCUAGAUUCUCCAAUGUCUCGCCCGCCCUCGCUGCACUGCCGCUCAUCGUCGUCUUGGCACUCGCUGCUGUCAAAGACGCAUACGAGGAUGUCCAAAGGCACCGCUCGGAUCGCACUAUCAACAAUCUUACCAUCAAGACCCUCAAGGGCCCUGGCUUCCACAAUGUGAACAUCACCGAGGAGAAACGCAAGGCAGUCUCGCUCGUCACGCUCUUUCCCUUCCUUUCUGGCUUCCAUAUCGGCACGAAGCACGAUGUCAAAAAGGCAGCAGAAGAAAGUGAACGGCAGCGCCUGGCAGAAGAGGCCGAGCUGAAGCAGAUUAGCGAGAAACACCACAAGGAUCAUACGAGGAACUUCUGGGGCAGGAAGAAGCGCAGAGUUAGUAAAAUGCCCGCGCCUGCGUAUGACGAGACGGACCCCUCGGUGGACCCAGAAAAGCAGUACGCCUCCCCGCCUAUCGAUGCUCCAGGCGGUGGCAACCUCCAGUCUGCGACAGGCAAGCGAGCUGAGGAGGCCGGCGUGAUUGAGCCAGACUAUUCAGAAUCUCCACUUGGCGAAAUUGACAACGAGGCAUCAAAAGCUUCGUCCGGCGAUGGUACAGGCUGGACCAAUCAGACUUGGGAAAACCUGCGGGUAGGCGACUUUGUCCUUUUGAGGAACGACGACAGCAUACCAGCCGAUAUUGUCAUCUGCGCCACUUCCGAGGAGGAAAAUGUCUGCUACGUUGAGACCAAGAAUCUGGAUGGCGAAACCAACCUCAAAUCUCGAUCGGCGAUUCCGGAGCUAUCUCACCUUCGUACUGCCAAAGAGUGUGCAAGAGCUCGCUUCAUUAUGCACGGAGACGUCGCCGACAACAACAUGUUCAAAUUGUCCGCAGCUAUCGAACUCCUUGACGGGCCCAAGGCUCAUGACGGCGCAAAUCUUCGGGCCCCCAUCACGCUUAAUACCACUUUGCUCCGUGGCUGCGUGCUUCGCAACACAGAUUGGGUCAUCGGCGUCGUGCUCUUCACUGGCUCGGAUACGAAGAUCGUUCUCAAUUCUGGUGGCACACCUUCAAAGCGAUCAAAGAUCGAGAGACUCAUGAAUCCUAUGGUCUUCAUCAAUCUUGGCCUACUGGCUCUCAUGUGCAUGAUGUGCGCCAUCGGCGAUCACUUCUCUGAGCAAUACUAUUACGAUCGAAACGCUUACUGGGAGUAUCGGGCUGAUCGCUCUGACGACAACCCUCGCAUCAACGGCAUUGUCUCGUUCGCCAACGCGAUGAUCACUUUCCAGAACAUUGUCCCCAUCUCGCUUUACAUCUCCAUCGAGGUUGUCAGAACUGCGCAAGCCUUCUUUAUCUGGGGCGACGACGAGAUCACCUAUAAGCCCACCCAGCGACGCACGCUUGCGCGCUCGUGGAAUCUUUCUGACGAUCUUGGUCAAAUUGAAUAUGUUUUCUCUGACAAGACGGGUACACUGACACAGAAUCAAAUGCAAUUCAGGGAAUGCUCUGUCGGUGGCGUCAUAUACCGAAGCGACCAGCCUGCUUCCGACGGCUCAUCUCAUGAGAAGGGCGGCAAGGCAUCCACACUAGGCUCAGAUCGAUCAGACUCUGACACGGACGUCAAGCAUUCGCCCACUACGUCUUCGCCGGAUGCCCAAGAGACUUUUGUCUGCAAGCAGAUCGGUCAAGAACUUGCUGACACAGCUUCGCCGCAAGCUCGCCGGAUAUAUGGCUUCUUCGCCAAUCUGGCGUUGUGCCACACCGUGCUAGCAUCAGAGGACGCAGAUGGCUCUAUCCAGUACAAAGCGCAAUCACCUGACGAGGCAGCUCUCGUACAAGCAGCUGCCGACGUUGGCUUCAUCUUCCGCGGACGAGACAAGAAUAUCUUGCGCAUCGAAACGCCCGGCAGUCACGAGCUCAGCGAAUUCGAAUUGCUCAAUGUGCUCGAAUUCACUAGCGCCCGCAAGCGUAUGAGCGUCGUUGUUCGCAAAUUAGAUGGCGACCACAGGCUCUUCUUACUCGUCAAAGGCGCAGACAACGUUGUCUUCGAACGUCUAGCAGCCGGCAAUGAAGAGCUCAAGCGGACGACGGACCAGCACCUCGAGGUCUUUGCAUCCGAAGGCCUGCGCACGUUGACUCUUGCUUACAAAGACCUCGACGCCAAGGAAUACGAAGAUUGGGCUUCAGAGUACCACGCUGCGACCGUGGCGAUGGAUGACCGCGAAGCCAAGAUUGAGGAGGUCUCAGCAAAGAUCGAAAACAAUCUUCAAUUACUGGGCGCAACAGCUAUCGAAGACAAGCUACAAGAGGGCGUACCUGAAGCCAUUGCCGACCUGAAGCGUGCAGGUAUCAAGGUUUGGGUUGCUACAGGCGACAAGCUUGAGACAGCCAUCGCUAUCGGCAUGAGCUCCAAUUUGCUGACGCGGGACAUGAAUCUUAUUAUCGUCAAAGGCGGUGCAUACGAUGGCACGCGCAAAUCAGCAUACUAUCAGCUUCGCAAAGCACUUGUUGACUUUUUCGGCGGAAGUCAGCUUGUAGAUGACCUGCAGCAUCAACCACCAGGUCUAGAGCGCUCGAUCAGUCGUGGCUCGAAGCGGCCUGGUCAUCGGACCCAGCUCUCGCAAGCCAGCGGUAUGUCGCGCACCAGCGAAGCCGACGACGGACUGGCAGAUAUUGUUGGCAACGACAACGGUCAGCGUACAGGCGGCUACGGUCUCGUCAUUGAUGGCUCGUCUCUCACUCACGCCUUUCAAGAGGAAUUCACGAAAGAGCUAAUGCUCGAGCUGUCGACGCGAUGCCAAGCCGUGGUCUGCUGCAGAACUUCACCAUUACAGAAAGCGCUCAUCGUCAAAUUGGUGAGAGAAGGUCUCGGCGCAAUGUGUCUUGCAAUAGGCGACGGCGCCAACGACGUUUCGAUGAUCCAAGCCGCAGACGUCGGCGUCGGCGUUGCGGGCGAAGAGGGUUUACAAGCCGUCAACAGCUCGGACUACGCAAUUGGUCAAUUUGCAUAUCUCAAGCGACUCUUGCUCGUGCAUGGGCAUUGGUCAUAUAUGCGAAAUGCCAAUAUGAUCGUCAAUUUCUUCUACAAAGAAAUCAUUGGCAUUGCGAUACUAUUCUUCUUCCAGUUCUACUGCGCAUACAGCACGACAACCGUAUACGAAUACAUCUAUCUGCUUCUGUGGAACAUCAUCUGGUCGCUCCUGCCGGUGAUUGCGAUUGGCUUCUUCGAUCGCAACAUAUCUGAUCGCGUCCUCAUGGCCGUACCGGAGCUUUACCGCUACGGUCGCGAGCACACUUUCUUUGGCAUCUCCCGCUUCUGCUGGUACAUGAUCGACGGCAUCUAUCAAGGCGCUGUCAUCUACUUCUUCGUAUCGUAUACUUAUGACACAACCACAUCAAGGCAAGACGGCUACGGCACUUAUCUUUACGAAUGGAGUACCACCGCCGCCAUCGCGGCUGUCAUAGCACUCAAUAUGUACAACGGGCUCAAUACGCAUGCCUGGACUGGCUGGGUCGUCUUUGCCCUUCUUGUCGGUCCUGUGCUCGUAUUGGCUUUCACAGCAGUCUAUUCUGCUAUCUCUCCUGGCUGGAUAUCAACCGAUGUCUACGGCAACAACUCUUUCCUGUGGCCGUCGGCUUAUUUCUACUUCAGCAUACUGUUGACCGUCGUUCUGGCGCUGAUGCCACGCACACUCGUCCGGUACUAUAAGGAGAUGUACAUACCGACCGAUAUUGACAUUCUCAAAUGGGUCGGGAAAUACGAUCCAAACCAUGACUUUGAGAACGACCCACAAAUGCCCAUCACGCCUGCGCGGAAAGAGAAAGCAGAAGCUGGCUCGCCCCGCAUGUCUGCUCAGCUACCGAGGACGGGUACGCUCACUCGACAGGUCACGGACAUGUCAGGCCACAAUGCGCCCUUGCGAGGCUUCGGCUUCGACAUGGACGAUUCGACGGGCGCAGCCGCUGUCGGGCGACCUCUGCGGACGUAUACCUCGAGGACAUCAUCGAAUCUGCAAGUGCCGACGACUAGAAAUCGACGAGGAUCGAUCAGGCUCGCCGGCAUCGAUCUCGGUUUCCCUACCCUGAAGCGGGACCCCACUUCUGCAAAGAGGAGGGUCACUUGGCGCUCGCGUGCGAAUACGCGCGCAUCCAUGGCGACCAGCGAGGAUGGUCUGAGUGCGCCGAACACGCCGCGGGCGGGUGCGGAGGCGUCGCCUUCAGCAUCUCCGAACGCGCAAACGACCCUGUCACCGGCAGUGCUGGGCUCGCCUGACACGCCCACUAGGUCACCCAGCGGGCACUUUGAUGUCUUCAACCGCAGAAAGACGCCACAUUCUUGA